AUGAAGGCUCAAUUCAUCGCUGCCGCCGCCGGUCUCUUCGCUGGUGCGCUCGCUGACCAGUCCAUCUUCAGCGGUGCUGGCUUCGGUACCUACUACUACGAUGUCGAGCAAGUCGACGCCUGCGGCACAUCCUUCCAGUACCAGAACCUGGGUCCCGUCAUGUGCAACCAGGAGACUGCAUUGACCCUUGACGACAUCAACUCCAACUACAUCGUCGCCAUGAACAACUCUCAGCUUCGCUCUGACCCUUCUCUCUACUGUGGAAAGAAGGUCGUCGUCUCCGUCAAUGGUCAGGCUUCUGACCUUCCUCUCUUCAUCGGUGACGGUUGCGAGCGCUGCGCAGAGGGCUCCCCCGAUGCCAGUACCUGGAAUGCUCAGGGUGCUCCCGGUCUUGACUUCAGCUUGUCUGUUCUCGAUAAGAUCACCGGUGGCAGUGCCUGCGCUGAUGGUCAUGCCGAAAUCACCUGGGAGAUUGUCGAUGAAACCCUCUACAACUUCGAUACCAAUGCCCCAGGUCAGACCACCGGCCCUGUCUCCUCCUCAUAA